AUGGCUGAGCAACGCAGAGGUCCUGGAAGGCCCAGAACUAGGAAUGUGGAGCCUGAUCAAGAAACCGAAGAUGCAGGCGUACCUUGGCAACAAAUGAUGCAACAGAUGCUACGGCAGAAUCAGAUGAUCAUGCAAAUGAUGCAAGGUAUGCAUGGACAACAACCUCCUGCUCCAGUUCCCGUCCCUCAAGCUGCAAGUGGACCAGACUUUCGUGCCUUCUUCAGAAUGGAUCCUCCAGAGUUUGUUGGUGGGCUUGAUUCCUUAUUGGCUCAUGACUGGUUAGCCGGUAUGGAGAGAGUGUUUCAGGCCAUUCAGUGUACUGAAGAAGAGAAAGUGAUCUUCGCUACACAAAAUAUGAAAGGACCGGCUCUUCAGUGGUGGAAUACUGCAUCUACUAAUUUCACCACACAAGAGAUUCCUAAGGAUUGGCACCAUUUCAAAGUAGCAUUCUUGGAGAAGUAUUUUCCAAACAGUGUAAGGACUCAGAAGGAGCGAGAAUUUCAGAAUUUCAAACAAGGCAACAUGUCUGUUUUAGAAUAUGCGGAGAAGUUCAAAGACUUGGCUUAUUAUUCCCGACAAGUUGUUUAUGCUCCGGAUGAACUAUGGAAGAUUGACCAUUUGAAGAGGGUUCAAGAAGAAAGGGACCAGAAUAGAACUAACUUCAGAGGACCAGGGAGGACUACUCAACACUUGAGUCCCCUCAACUCUCCGUCAAAGAAGAAGCAGGGUUAUGGUGACCAAUCAGCUCAACCGCCUUAUUGUCACAAGUUUAAUAAGAAGCACACCAGAGAGUGCAAGUACGCUUCAGUGACUUGUUUCGGACGUGGCGAGCAGGGCCACAUAGCUCCGCAUUGUGCAAAUAGCUCCGCAUUGUGCAAAGAAGAAGAUUCCCGGGAGGACUGCAGGUCGUGUUUACACUCUAGAUGCAAGAAAGGCCAAGGGGAACAACAAUCUCAUUGCGGGUACGUAUUAUGUUAA